AAUUGCUUAAUUAUAUGGAACAUGUAGAAAGUUCAACCAAAACCGAAGCUAUUUUACCACUUCUCGGAUCUUUAUUGUCACAAAUUUGGCAAGAUGAUUCACUUCCUGGAAACUUUAAAUCAGAAAGUCUUAAUCAAUGGUGCAAAUAUAUAGAAAAGAAUACCAAACCAGAAGUUUUUUAGUUCGACUUGCACAGGAUGAUGAUAUAGAUUUGCGUCAUAGUGCAGCUUUGAUGAUAUCGGAAGCAAGCGGAUUAGAGGCACCAGUAGACUGUGAUCGUGCACGUGAAAUAUGUUUCGAAUAUAUGACAAAAUCGUAUUCAAAGUCACUUUAUUUAUAUGUAUCAUUACUUCAAACAAUUACUGGUAGUGAUAAACCUGAUGAAGUAAUUAAUGCUGAAACAAAUCCGAUAAGAAUUUUAUUUGUUGUAGAGAAUCCAAACAUCUAUAAAGAAGAUUUGAUCGAUAUUCAAUUAGCAUAUAAACAUCUAAAAUUUGCCUUUAAUAAGGAAGGUAAUGUUUUGGAUUUUCCUGAUGCUUUUAAACGUGAUGUUCCAAUGUUUGCUGUUGAACAAUUACGGAAAAUUUGCGUAUUAUUAAAAGAUAAUGAAGUAAAGAACCAAAAUAAUGGAAUUUUGGGAUUCACUUCACGUCCUACAAUAUUUAUUGUAGUUUACAGAGUAAUUAUUACAGUGUUAGUAAUGAUGGAGAUAGCAUCAAACAAACAAGUAAUCAUAAAAGAAAUAAAAUCAUUAAUAAAUGAAUUAGUAGAAGAUAAAAUUCAAUUACAUCCAUUAUUGAAUGAUAUUUUAUUUGAAGGAUUUAAUCAUCAUUUUGAUGAUGAUAGUAAAAUUAUAAUUAAUAAUGAUGAAAAGUUUGAAAAAGAAUUUGAAAGAUUAUUUCUUCUAUCGAGUUAAUGGAUCAUAAAUAUAUAAUAUAUAUAUAUAUAUUAAUGGGUUUGGGACUGUUGGAUGUUUAUGUAGAAGUAAUAAUCUACUAAUACUUUUCCUUUAAGGAUUGAAUAAUUACUAGUGUUUAUAGUUGUCUAGGCUGUAGUUAUUUAUAUAUUUUAAUUUAUUAGUGGAACACGUAUCUUUUUUAAAAAAUUCAUAAUGCAAAAGAUUUUACUAUUUUGAAAAAAAAAAAUUUUCGCACCAAUGCUUUUAUUAUAUAUAUAAAAUAAUAAUAAUAUUAUACGUACAGUAUAUAUAGUACAAAUUUAAGAUAAUUUUUGCAAUUACAGAAUUUUUUACUUAUUUAUAUAUAAAUGAGUUUUUUUUGUUAUUA